CUACCAAAAAAAAAAAAAAAACUCAUCCAUCCAAAACGUCUAACCCCAUUUCCCUUGUUAAUUUUAGCAUUAAUUCCUUCAUCUUCUUCACUUCUUUUCUCUUUCUAGUUUCAUUUUAUUUUAUUUUUUUGUCCUUAAUCGGCUAGACAGACAUACAACAUACAUGUUUAUUAGUAUUUGGUAUUGGUAUCAUCAUCUUCCUCAUUUUUAAUAGCAAAAGCAGAAUACUCUCUGUCCAUCAGAUCUGUCGUCUUUUCUGAGAUUUUUGUGGAAUUGGAUAUACAAACAUAUAUAUAUAUAUGGGGGCUGCUGUGGGAAGACCUGAAUCGCCAACUCAUGUUUGGGCUCCAGAAACUAAGCUUGAUGCCAAAAUUAAAGAAGCCAUGCAGCGCCGAGAAACUCUAGGAACCGCUGUCAAAUCUUUUAACACCAUCAUUUUAAAAUUCCCCAAGAUUGAUCAAAGUUUCAGAAAGUGCAAAGCCAUUUUCCAGCAAUUCGAUGAGGACUCAAAUGGUGCAAUUGAUCAGCAAGAGCUUAAACAAUGUUUCCACAAGCUUGAAAUUUCUUCCACAGAAGAGGAAAUUAAUGAUCUCUUUCAGGCAUGCGACAUUAAUGAGGAUAUGGGGAUAAAGUUCAAUGAGUUCAUUGUACUUCUCUGCCUUGUCUAUCUCCUCAAGGACGAUCCUGCUGCUCCUCAGCCCCCUAAAUCAAGGAUGGGGAUGCCAAGUUUGGAAAGCACUUUUGAAACACUGGUGGAUACAUUUGUGUUCUUGGACAAGAACAAUGAUGGGUAUGUCAGCAAGGCUGAAAUGGUUCAAGCCAUAAAUGAAUCAGGGGAGCGUUCUUCCGGACGAAUAGCCAUCAAAAGAUUUGAAGAGAUGGACUGGGAUAACAAUGGAACGGUGAAUUUCAAGGAAUUUUUAUUUGCUUUCACGCGUUGGGUUGGAAUUGGUGAUGUUGAAGACGAGGAAGACGACGACCACGACGAUCUUGAUCGUGGGGGAGAGAAGGUCUGAGUCAACAGGUCUACCUGCGCUCAUCACAAGAAGACCCCUCCUUCUCCAUUUUUCAAUAUAUAAUAUAGUAUUAUAGUAAUGAACUUGUUAGUGAUAAACAAAUUAUUGUUUUAAUUGCUGCCUUUAAAAUGUGCACUGUUUUUUUUGUUUUUCGUAUUAAUCUCUCUGUAUUCGAUAAUUGUAUUGAGUUUCAAUUAAUUUGAAAUCGAGUU